AUGAGCACCCCAGCGCGUACCCUCAUCCGCCGCAUCGCACACUGUACCCCGCGGCCUCUCACCUCGGCACCAUCCCGGCUCUCAAAAACAGCAGCAUUCCCAUCGCCCUUACAAAACUUCACCCAGCAGCAGUUCGCACCACGAUAUCAGAGAACAAUGUCAACCACAACCACCACCGCCGCGCCCACGCCGCGCUUCUCCAAGGGCUCCGACGAGUCUUCCCUCUCCUCGACGCUCCAGACGCUGCUGGGACAGGGCCGGGGCUGGGCGCUCGUCAACGACGGUGAGGCCGUCGAGCGGAGCUUCAAGUUCAAGAACUUUGCAAAGACGUGGGUCUACAACACAACCUUUAUCCGGUGGACGACACAUGUUCCCAAGGGCCUGUCUGACAAGGACCUCAAGCUCGCUCUCAUCUGCGACGUGCUGGCAAAGGACUUUGGCGAGGUCGAGGUGCCGGCUUCCGAGGCAACCACUGGCACAGAGGCCGUGAGCUGCGGCAUCCGGGGUUUGGCUGACAAGGCGGCGGGCACGGCUGGGGACUGCUGCACGCCGAAGAAGUGA